AUGAAACUCCAACUACCAACCACUAUUUCCCUCCUAGCACUCCUCGCCUCAACUUGCAUUGCUUCAGACCGCAUCCUCAAGCAUGAUACUCCCGGCUCAGUUGGCCUUCUACCUCAACCCCUCCAGCAAAUGCAAUUGAAUCUAAGCCAAUAUACCCUCCCAGCCAACUACGGGUCUCACAGCUAUAACGAAAUCCAUCCAAUUCAACCAGGAGGCACAGUAAUAGUCGGCCACAAAUCCACAAUAGUGAGCGCUUUCUCUUUCGGAAACGCAAGUCUAUACGCAGACUCCAAUGGCACCUUACUACCUCCAUCCGAGUGGAUUCCAACAGAAAUGGACACAAUCUACGACAUGGCUAGCCUGACAAAGAUCUUCACGGCAGUGGCAGUAUUGCGCGCCAUCGAUGAUGGAAAAUUAGACUUGAACCGAACCGUCGCGUCUUACAUGCCUGAAUUCGCAACAAAUGGGAAGGAUAACAUCACUGUUCUCAUGCUGUUGACCCAUACCAGCGGAUUCCCGCCAGAUCCUCUACCUGGCCUGUAUGAUUCGAGCUAUAAGACUAAGCAACAACGUAUUGACGCAAUAAUCAAGCAAAAGCUUGCCAAUCCUCCUGGUUCUAUAUAUACAUACUCCGAUCUGAACUUUAUGAACCUACGCUUCUUACUGGAGAAGGUCACUGGGGCUCCUUUUGAAGAGAUUAUUCAUUCAUUCACCAAGGACCUGGGUAUGAAAAGUACAUUCUUCAACAAGGGGAACGACCAGUCGCAUUCUUUCCCCUAUUACUCGCGCAUGGCACCCACGGAAUAUCAAAUCGAAGUCCUUGGAGACUCCGAGCCGCAUCGUCCUCAGCCCGUCCGAGGAACUGUCCACGAUGAAAAUGCCUGGGCGUUGGAUGGCGUGAGCGGCCAUGCGGGUCUCUUCUCCACGGCUGGGGAUGUAGCGAUCCUUUGUCAGAUGAUCUUGAAUAACGGGACGUAUGGUGGCAAGCGGAUCUUAAGUCCCGAAAAGGUUGAUUUGAUGUUCACGGAUUUUAAUACGAAGUUUCCAGGUGAUGCCCAUAGUGUUGGCUUGGAACUUGAUCAGUUUUAUUUCUCUGGGCCGAUGGCUAAUAUUUCGGCUGGUGGGCAUACUGGGUUUACGGGUACUACGCUUGUUGUUGAUCGGGCUUCGAAUACUUUUAUGGUUAUGAUGGCGCAUCAUGUUCAUCCGAAUCGGAAUUGGGCGAGUAAUAAUAUCGUGAGAGAAGCGGUGGGGUAUUGGGUUGCGAGAUCUCUUGGGAAGAAUGUUUCUUUCCCGGCUUAG